AUGCCCGCCCGUUGUCGGCCAAGCAUGCCGCCUUCCUCCCUCUGCUGCGGCUGCGGUCUGUCCUGCUCUCCACCAAGGGCCUGGCACCGCUUGCAAAAGUUCCCCCUCAGCCGUGCACGCCAGGAGGCUGGAGGCCCUUCCCUGCGCCCGGCUGUCUCUUUCUGCUUUCUUGGCCUGCCUGGAGGCGCGGUGCCUCUUGCCGCCACGUUUCGCUGCCUCUUCCUGCCUCCUGCUGGCCCCUCCGCCAUUGUCGUCUUGCUGAGUUCGCUGUCCCUUUCUUCAUCCCACUUCGCUCCUGCUGUUCCUCACCGUCCGCCUGCUGCCAUGGGGCGGCCCUCGGAGGGAUCCCCUGCUGCUGCGGCCCCCCGCUCCCACCGCCAGCAGCAGCGCAAGGGCAAUAAGCAGCCGCCCGCCCUCCCUACGCGCGCCCCCUUUCUGCGGCGCGGCUGGCGGGUGCCAUGGCGCAGUGCGAUGGUGACGCUGCUGGCGGGCGGCGCCGCGGUGGGCGUGAGCCUGGUGGCGUGGAGCGUGCUGUACGUCAGCGGCGCCGCGCUUGCGGCCGCGGUGGCCGGGGAGAGCCACCCGGGCACGCCGCUGGAAGGGUGGCGCUACGCGCGCGCCAAGCUGCUGGAGGGCCUGCCCCUGCUGCCCGCCGCAUGGACGCGCCUGCGCCGCCGUCGCAUCGCGCCCGCCCUGCAGGCUGCCGCGGACGCGGGCGUCGCCAUCUUCCUGGUGCAGGCGCUGGACAAGCUGCUGCAGUGCGGCAUGGCGGCCGCCAUCUUCUGGAGCGCCGCCGGCCGAGCCACCCGCGCCGACCACGCCGCCCAGCAGCAGCAGCAGCAGCAGGCCCGCGCCCGUCCCACUCCGCGCGUCCUGGUGCAGGUGCCGAUGUGCAACGAGCGCGAGGUGUACGCGCAGAGCAUCGCGGCGGCGUGCCUGCUGGAGUGGCCGGGCGAGGCGCUGCUGGUGCAGGUGCUGGACGACAGCAGCGAGAAGGACGUGCAGCACCUCAUCGCCGACGAGGUCGCCGCCUGGGCCGCGCGCGGCGCGCCCAUCGUCUACCACGCCAGGCAAGCUGCCGGGGCAAGAACGGUGAAGGGCGGCUACAAGGCGGGCAAUCUGCAGGCGGGCCUGGCCGCGGCAGCGGGGCUGGGCUUCGAGUUCGUGGCCAUCUUCGACGCGGACUUUAUGCCGCGCCCUGAUUUCCUGCGCAUCAUGAUGCCACACUUCGAAGGCAGGCCUGACCGCGCGCUCGUGCAGGCGCGGUGGGCUUUCGUGAACACGAGCCAGAACCUGCUGACACGCUUUCAGGCCAUCAACUUCGCGUACCACUUCAUGGUCGAGCAGCAGGUCGGCUCCAGCCUCUGCGGCUUCUUCGGCUUCAACGGCACCGCGGGCGUCUGGCGCACGGCCGCCAUCGAGGAAGCAGGUGGCUGGGACGCGCGCACGACCGUGGAGGACAUGGACCUGGCGGUGCGCGCGCACCUGUGCGGGUACACGUUCCUGUACAUGAACGAGUGCGAGGCGCUGUGCGAGCUGCCGUGCACGUACCGCGCCUACUGCAAGCAGCAGCACCGCUGGAACGCAGGAAGGGCACGGCUCCGUCUCUUCAAAACCUACCAAGCACAAGUCUCAGCGCCUUCGACCUCCCUCAUCAGACUGUUUCUCCUUUCGGCGGCAUGCAUGUUCCGCAUCGCAACGAUGGGCGCCGCCCACGUGUCGGAGCCUCUCGGCGCGGUUGCUGAGCUGCUGGCGUGUGUGCGGUGCGCAGGCCCGGUGGUGCUCUUCUUCUUGUGCCUGCCCGCCAUUCUGCGUAGCCGCGCGCUGGGCGUGGCGCGCAAGGCGUACGUGGUGGCCGUCUUCUUCGUGCUGCGCAAGCUCAUCCUGCCCACGCUCGCCUUCCUGCUCUUCUGUUUGCUGCUGCCGACGACGAUCUUCAUCCCCGAGAUCUCCGUCCCGGUGUGGGCCGUCUUCUACCUGCCCACCGUGCUCUCCCUCCUCCACACCGCGCCCUACCCCCGGGCGUGGCCGUACCUGUUUCCGUUCCUGCUCUUCGAGAACGUCAUGACGCGCACCAAGUGCGGCGCCAUCUGGGACGGGCUGGUGGGUGUGCGCAGCGCCAAGGAGUGGGUGGUGACCAAGAAGACGGGUGCCCGCGCCGCCGCUCCGCCUGCCGCGGCCGCGUCUGCUGCUGCGUUCCACCUGGUGAGCGGCGACGCGGUGUCCCCGAGCGCGCGCGCGCUGGCGGGCGCGGGGCUGCUGCAGUCGCUGGAGGACGUGCUGGAGGCGGGGCUGUUCCCCGGGGACCCCACCGACGACGGCGCGGACCUGGUCAGCACGGCCAGCCCCACCGCGCGCCAGGUCGCGCACCUCAUGACCGGCCGCGCCCCGCUCCCCGCGCCAGGCGGCGCCACCGGCGAACCUGGCAAGGCGGUCACAGACGGCGCGCCAGCUGAUGUCGCGGUGCGGGGGGGCCCGUCGCGGCAGCUGAGCUGGGCGGACCUGGCGCUGGGGGCGUACCUGGUGGUGGCGGCGGGCUGGUCCGUGCUGGUGCUGGACGGGCGGCACGCCUUCUUCCUCGCCUUCCAGGGAGGCGCCUUCCUCGCGGCGGGGCUGGACCUCGUGGGGGACCCCUCCUGA